GCCGGGAGUCGAACCCGCUACAUCGAAAUCAGCUGCGAAGCGUUAGCCAUUCCAGGCAGCACGGUGGGCGCAGUAGCACCCUCCGCUUCCUGGCUGUCGGCGGCCGCUGCGUGAUGCCUCCAUGACGUCGUGGGCGGGCAUGUCCGGCUCGGACUCGCCGCCGCGGGAACCCGAACCGCCGCCCGAGUGCAGCAGCUCGACCGGCUCGUCAGCGUCGCCGCUGCCCGUGCCCCACCAGUACCGCUUCGGGCUGCACAAUGACCUCGGAAACUUCACCGCCAAACCGCCCAAGCUGUACCCUGAAACCAGUGAGCCGAGCGGCAGCGGCGGCGGCGGUGGAGCGGCGGCGGCGGCGAGCCCAGCGUCGGCGUCCGUGCCGACGGGGCGCUCGCCGGCGCCGCUGGUGGCCGUGCAGUCGACGCCGACGCCGCCCCCGAGCGAAGACCACCUGCCACCGAGCGGAGGCGGCAGCCUGCCACUCAGCGCCUCCUGCCACUCGCUGACGGCCGCCACGACGGGCAGCAGCCUGGGCUCCUCCAUCAACGACCUGACGCUCGAGGCCGAGCAGCUGGAGCGCGCCAUCCGCGCCAACGACGUGGCCGCUACGCGCCGCCUCCUGGAGCUGCACCACGGCCGCUUCUCGGUCAACCUGCACGGAAGCUUGCUGGACAAGAGCAGCGCCGGGUCGGCCAGCCAGGACAUGGAGAUCCUGCUGCGUAAAAGCCAGACGCUCAUCGACCGCUUCGGUCGCGGUGACUCGGUCUCCACGGACCUGGAGCCCGUGCCGGCCGUGUUCGCAUCCGCACUACACCUGGCCGUCGAACAUCAAGCGCUCGACGUGGUCGGCCUCUUGCUCAAGUACGGCGUCGAGCCCAACGAGGCCGGCGUGCCUUUGGGCAGCCUGCGCCGCGGAAGCUCGGCUGCCUCCGAGGCCAGCGGCUCGCUGCGCCGCGCCACGCUCAGCCCGCGCGCCGCGGGCCAUAGCCCCGAGCAGGCGCCGUCACCCGAGCUGCGACGCCGCAAGUACGUGCCGCUGCGUCCCGAGCUGGCAGCCUCGCUGCGCAUCGUUCGCUACUCGACCGACGGCCGGGAGAUCACCUUCGAAGAAGAGUACACGCGCGACUUCCUCUACAGCCUGCCGCCGCUGUUCCUGGCCGCCGCGCUGGGCCGCACGGCGGCGGCGCGGCUGCUGCUCAAGUACGGCGCCGCCGCCAGUCCCCGCGACAAGAACGGCGUGACGCCGCUGCACCUGGCCGCCUGUCAGCCGCAGCCGCCUUGGCCCUGCCUGCGCCUGCUGCUCGAGGCCGGCGCUCGCAUCCACACGGCCAACCUGCGCGGUGCCACUCCCUGCGACCUGGCCGAAAGCGACCUGAGCGCCGUGCAGAUCUCGCUCGUCGAGGCUGCCUUCGCAGGCGCGCAGAAAGCCGCGGCUGCCGCAGCCGCGGUUCUCCAGACCGCCACUCCUGGGGCGUCCAAUGCCGCAGCCGGCGCCGUUCCCGCCGCGGCAUCGUCGGUGGCGCCCGCCGCGCCGCCCAUCAAGCAGCCCCAAGAAGAGAGCCACGCCGCACGAUCCAACAUACUGCGCCGCCUUCAGGACUCGAGGCCGGGCCAGACACACCGGGGCUCGGCCCGCAAGAAGGAGCCGCCCGAUGAGCUGGCUGCGUCACCAGACGGCCCACCACCGUCUGGACGACAGCGAAGCCCCGGAGUCCUCACCACCGCGCCCGAUGAAGACAAGACGCAGGAAAGAGUACCCAGUGCGGAGCCCCAGUGUUCCAAGCUGAACCGCCGAAAAAGCGGCGACGAUGGCAGACUGAGAACCAAGUGCAACACACCAUCUGCCGAAGAAGUCGAGCCGGCCAGUCAGAAGGUGGACGCGAGCCUGGCGACGCUCACGCGCAUGGCGCACAACCCCGAGUGCCUGGACAGCAUCCUGUCCGGCCUUCAGCGUCACCUGGGGGCCAUCAUCGAGCUGACGCUGCUCGUGGACGGCGACCGGCUCCAGCGCCCACUCGCGGCCCUCUUUAACCGCAUCCUGCUGACGGUAACAACCGAGCAGAGCGACACAGGAGACCCGGCGGCCGACGAGGACAUGGUGCCCGCACACAUGUGCCAACUUCUACGCGUGGCGCUGAGCAGCCUGCGCGGUGGACAGGCACUGCAGUUCACCGCUCUGCUGCUCAUCAACAAGUUGGUGGACCUGGGCGUAGCCCGGGGCCUGGCGUUGAGGCCCAGCCGGAACCGAUCCUCCGGCCGCUGCUCGGCGCACAGACUGGCCGCACUGUGGCACCAGUCAUCGAGCCUCAAGGAGAACCACGGCUUCCAGCCUCUGCCCUCGGUGUUCCCUUGGAAAGUGCCCAAGGCCCCCGAUCCACCGCCGGGCCGCUGGUGGUGGUCAUGGCGGUCGGGCGGCCGCGACCCGGCGGCCGACGCCGAGCCACCGUCCCGUGCCAGCCGGCCCAGCUUCCUGGCCAUCUUGGCCGACGAGGGCGUCGACUUCCUGCUCAACAUGCUCAACAAUGCCAUUACGCUGCACAAGCGCGUCGUCGGCACCCGCCACCACUGCACGCCCUCUCACCGGUGGCGCCAUUGCAGCUACCACUGCCUGCAGAUUCUGAGUGCCCGGGCCGUCCUCUUCAUGAGCCAAAACACCGACGUCCAAAACAAACUGGUCGAGGAAGCCCACCUCAAGAUACUGGUGAACGCGUUGGAUUCGACACACGACCCCCAACUGCUGUGCCUGGUGCUACAAAUCGUGGCGACCCUGGCGCUGGUUCCCGACCACCACGCGGCGCUCAUGGACGCCGAGCUGCCGGACAGCCUGACGCAGCUGGUCCUCCCAUCGGACGAGUGGUACUACACCAACCACAGCACCAAAUACGCGCGCUACGUGAAACAUCAUGCCGCCAGAGUGCUCGUCUAUCUGGGCAUGGAACAGCGCCUCCGCAACAAGGUCUAUCUCUUCGACCUCAUCGAAGACCAGGCAGCCCCGUCGACGCCUAUGCUUGACAGCGGUGAAGAUGGCUACAUCGUAGACACGUCGAUGCCUCCCUGUGCCGUCAACGACUCGGCGCAGCGACUUGUCGGCAUUUCCGUGGAGACCUUCGUACUCGACAUGCUCAAGCACGCCGAGAGCCUGACCUGUUCUGUUGGAAAAAAGACCGUGCCUCCACAGCAUAAGUCUUUCCUUGACUUCUGUUUCGAUCCAGUCAGCUCGUAUUCACAGGAGUCCAGUGGCGUGCACUUUCACCUGUCGGCGUUGCAAAUGGUGCUGCCGCCGGUGAUCGUGGUGCGACUGCUGCAGCACCGGCUGCUGGGCACCGCGCAGGCGGCGCGCCGCGGGGCGCCGUCCCGCGCUAGCAUCGCUUCCGAGAACCGAAGCCGCGCGGGCUCGUCGGCCGACACCGAGGAGUCGCUGCGCGAGCGGCGCCACAUCGCACUCACGGUCAACUGCGCGCCACCUGGGUCGGCGGCCUCCUGGACACGGGCCUCGUCCGUCGAGGAGCGCCGGGAGUCCAUCCGGCACGCCGACAACAAACAGGUGACUGUGUUGGCUCCCGAUGGCGGGCCAGAACUGUCGCCGGCGUCAUCUCCGGCGGGGCGGCGGACCUUCAAGUUUUCGAGCCUCAAGAAGCGCGCAAGCAAGGCGCCAGCCGCCAGCCAAGAACAGCCUUCCCGGACGACCAGCGAGGCCGACAUUGCGGCUUUUCAGAAGGAGCUACAGAACCUCCCAAACUUUGAGACGCUGGCUGGCUCGAGCGACACCUUCACGGACGGAAGCGGCCUCGACGGGGUGGGCUACGCGCGGCCACGCUCCUGCUCGGUGCCUCGUGUCACUUUCGAAGCGGCGUCGCUCCAGCUGCCGCACGGACAUGGCCCGCUCAUCCGCAGCGCCACCACGGAGGGGGCCUACACGGGUUCAUCGGUGAGCAAGCCUGCUGCGGCAGGCCUCGCGACAUCUGCGACCAUCGCUGGGCCCGCCGCGCCACAGUCGGCCACCUCUGUCCCACAGCCUGUCCAACAGUCGCUCCUCACGGCGUGCGAGGCGGUGGCUCCAGCGCACGGGCCCCUGUGCGACCUGCCCGGCGUUCACCUGACCAUCCUGAAGCUGCUCUACGAGUGGACCUGCAUUUGCCCCGGUGACCUGCGCAUCCGCGAGUUUCGGGAUUUCGUCAACCGUCUCGCCUGCAUGGGAGACGCCUACAAGGAGUGGGCCGACGAGUUGCGCAGGAACGCCGACCUCAAGGAACUGGAGAAAGACGACGUCAAACCUGACGACCUCGAGGCAAUUCACGAUGAGUACAGCAAGCUGCGAGACCUGGUGGUGAACGGCGACCUGCUGUGCUCCAAAGAGGAGGCAGCCGUGUUAGCGGGCGUACAGCUCCGCAUUGAAGAAACCUGGCCCAGCAACGCACGCACGCGCCAUGUCCUCGGCUCAGAGCAGCUCGGAAAACUCGUCCCCAUCACCGAAGAUGCCAAGGAAGGCCUGAUCCCCGAGCCGCCGGGCCCCGGCGAAAGCAGCAGGAUGUCGUCGGCGGAGGCUGACGACAGCCCCGCCGACUCCUCCGACGGGGCCUGCGAGCCGGCCACGCCCACCAGCCGCUCGUCGGGCAGCUUCUUGCGCGCGGUGCCCAAGCGACGGUCGCUCAUACUUCGCCAGUGGAUCGGGUCGAACGGAAACCGCUCGCCAACGGGGCUGCACAACGCGGUCAGCCUCAAGGAGUGCCUGCCGCCGUGCUACCACACCGCCAAGAACAUCGGCAAGACCAUCAAGGAACAGAAGCGCAAGCUGUUUCACUCACCGCUGUACGAAAGCGAGAUCCACCUCAAGAAACUGUACAUCCAAACAUGCAAGCGGCUGCCCUCAUACGGCUGCCAUGUGUUCCAAGUGAAAGAGCUGCUCCGAGGCAAGACAAAGAAGCGGGCGCACCGCGUCCUGGGCAUCGGCAUCGAGCACGUGGUUCUGCUGGACAGCAAGACGCUGGUGCUGGCGAAGUCGCAGCACACGAGCGAGCUGCAGCAGUGGCGUGCCGGCGGAGGUCGCUCGCACGACCGACUGGUGCUCGAGUUUCGUGGCACCAAGUGGUCCUUCGUGGCGGCCCAGUCGCUGCGCUCCAUCAGCUCGGUGCUCUGGGAGAUCAUGCAGGACCUGGACGCACGCUUCCUGGAUGAGCAUCUCAUCACCACGCGUGAAGAGCUCGACAAAGAAAGCCACCGCAACAUGGUUUCGGUGCACGGUCUGGAGCGAGCCACCAUCUACAAGGAAGAGCUGGAAAGGCUGCAAGGCCUGCUGCAUUUUCCCGAAGAGGUGGCUGUGCGGCUUACCGAUGUCGAGUACGAGCUCUUCUACAGUGUCAGCCCCGUCCACUACAUUCGCCAAGUGACCGUCGACCUUAGCGGAAAGGCGGCUACCUUGAACGCGGGCGACAAAGACCGGACCGUGCAGACACUGAUCAAGCGCUUCAAUGAAGUGAGUUCAUGGGUGACGCACAUCAUCAUAUCGCAACCGACGCACGAAGACCGCAAAGCUGUACUGUCGUGCAUUCUGCGAAUCGCCAUGUGCUGUUGGAACAUUGGAAACUUCAACACGGCGAUGGAAGUCCUGGCUGGACUAAAGUCCGAGAAGCUGAAGCCCUUCUGGCUGUCGCUGUCCGACAAGGACCAGCUUCCGGUGCUGGAGUUCCUCAGCCAGGCUUUGCUGAAUCCGGAGCCUUCUGAAGAGUACCGGGCUGCCGUGGAGAGGGCGCUCAACAUCCCGCACUCCAAGGUCAUUCCCUUCUUCGGCACGUUCCUUCGAGACCUGCGCGCCAUUCUCCAAGGCAUGCCCAGCCUCGUCGUGUUGCCCUCGGAAAAAGCCAAGAAAAUCGAGUUUGUGUCCGAUUUCCACGGCGAAGAUCAUUUCAUGACACGCAUCGGGGUGGGGGGAAUCAUCAACGUUGAGAAGAUUCACCAGGCACAUCGUGUCCUCGACGACAUUAAAGCAUUCCAUCAUCACUACAAGUGUAGGGAACACGCCCUCGCUCAGGUCGCCAUCAACAGCAAGGAAGUCAGGCGCGAGGAGACCAGCUGCAAGGAAGACAACAGCCUGUACCUGCAAGACCCGGAGGCUUACAUUCCGAUCCAGGAGCUGGCCAACGACCACCACAUCAGCAUGGUUCCGCUCACUGUGGACCGGGUCGACUUCCACCAGCUACAGAUCCUGCACCACGGCUGCACCAUGGUCCACUGGGAGGAAGACGGCUCGCGCUCCUCGCUCUGCUACGUGCGCCUCGAGCGCAGCAACGCCACCAUCACCUGGUGCAAGCCGGCAUGGAGCGCGCUCCGGGGCUCCGGACCGCAGGACUACGCGCUCAGCGUCAACAUCGAGGACAACGUGCCACUCGGAUUGAGCCAGAAGUACGACACGGGCGAGUCCUACCUUUCCAGUCUCGAAGAGGGCUUCCUCGACCUCAACGUCGUCAAGGAGAUAGUGUUGUGCCGCAGCUCCAUCGAGGUCGCCGCCGUGGCGAAGCGCCACGGCCUCGAAGACUCGUUCAGCGACCAGAACCUGCUGCGGUUCAAGUUCGGCGUUGGGCUGUCCGAGAACCGCGUGCUGGAGUUCAUCCUGCCGAACUUCCUGUCCGUGAUUUGGUACGACAGCCUGCGCCGGCUGGUGUCCAUGCUGAAACAGCAGCGUCAGCUCUGCGAUGGACGCAUCCACUGGCUCAAGGAGAGCUACCUCCAGCUGUACUUCCGCGAGCAGAGCUGCAUUGGCCCGACGCCUGCCGAGGCGAUCAAGGUCUUCGGUGGAAGAAAAUGGACGCUCAAUUCCCUAGGAAGCAGUUCUUCAGUCGAGUCUACAUCUUCAGCAUUCAAGAGGGCUUCGAGUUUUGGAAUGAGUACGACUAAACUGAGGAAAAAGAAGUCUUCUACAUCGCUAGCAACUGUUCGGGAUGUGGGCCCAAAGUGCCUGCUGGAGACAGACGACGCCGGCCCGUCGAGGAAGAGUCCGACGAUCAAAAAGCGCCGCGCCACGCUCAAGUCGUCGCCGCAGCUUCGGUCUCAGGAGUCGAGCCCGCAUAGAACGAGCGUGUCGCGCAGUUCCUCGUCCUGCGAGAACCUCAACCGCACCGAAGGUGGCAUCCCACUUGUCCACCCGACGCCUCUCGCUACGGGAUACAAGGAAAGGUCAUUCCAAGUAACGCCGAGCACUUCGAAAGCCUCAUCUCUCUUCAGCCGCCCCACCAUCACUCACUCCAGCCAGAUGAACUUCCUUGAGUUCGCUGAGUUGUUUCGCUCUUUUAUGGUGCGCUGUCGCAAGGACCUGAAGGACAUCUUUGAAAGCGUAGCCACCAACUCCAAAGUUACAGCCAGCGAACUUGCUGCUGACGAAAUGGCAUCACCAAGAUCCUGUAGGACAAGACCGAAAGUGCUUGGACUGUUGACGCGAACCAGCAAGUACGAGUACGUGGACCCUGAACAGAAAAAGAUUUGUGACGCCAUUGCCACCGCCAGCAUCGUGUCCAACUGCGCCGGGGUCGACAGCUCAAAAAGGCUCGUCUUGGAGUGUGCUGAUUUCAGGAAUUUUUUGGCGACUCACCAGAAGGAAGAAAUGACUGAGGAAGAGGUUAUCAGGCUUAUUCAGCGACAUGAGCCUGAUAACGUCCUCAGAGAAAAGAAUCUGCUGUCUUUCGAAGGCUUUGCGAGAUACCUCUUGGACAAGGACAACUACGCUUUCGUGCCGGAGAUAAUUCCGCCCGGUGCGAAUACGAACAUGGACAAGCCUCUUUCUCACUACUACAUCGCUUCGUCUCACAAUACCUACUUGACCGGCCACCAGCUCAAAGGAGAGUCAUCCGUGGAGCUGUACAGCGAGGUACUACUAAGAGGUUGCCGAUGCGUAGAGCUCGACUGUUGGGACGGUGACGACGGAAUACCUGUCAUCUAUCAUGGCCACACACUUACUUCGAAAAUUCCAUUCAAGAGCGUGGUGGAAGCGAUUCACAAGAGCUCGUUCGCCACGUCACCUUUUCCUAUCAUUUUGUCCAUCGAGAACCACUGUUCCCUACCGCAGCAAGCAAAAAUGGCCCAGAUUUUUACGAACGUUUUCGGGGACAGGCUUCAAACACAGUUUCUCUUUUCCAACGACGUCUGCGACGAGGCCCGCCUGCCGUCACCUAACCAGCUGCGUUACAAGGUGCUAAUAAAGAACAAGAAACUCAGGCCGCCACUGACGCCAGCGCUGACCCUGAAAUCCACCAAGGGUGUUCCACAAGCGAAGAUUGCGCCCGGCCGAACGAACAGCAUCAUCUCUACAGCAAGCACAGGGUCUCUCAAUGACGAGGAUGAAGAGGAUUAUGAGGAUUACGAUGAAGAGGACGAUAAUCUAGAAGAGUCCUUGUCGAGCCAGGAGGGUUCGUGCAAGGAAGCGCACGCCACGCGGCACCCGGGCACGCUGAGCCCCGGCGUGCCGCACCCUCGGUCGCGCAACCCGGCCGACGCUGAGUACAUGCAAAGCGACGACGACGGCUACAAGCAGCGAAAGUCCAGCUCCCAGAUAGCGCCCGAGCUCUCCGACCUGGUCACCUACUGCCAGGCCAUCAAGUUCAGAGGUUUCGUCAACUGCCCGUCACCGACCAACUCCGUGAAAGUGAAGAAAGUGAGCAGCAAGAAGAACGUGCUUGCUUCGGCCGGAUCGCCGCUAGGCGCCAACACGCCUCUGCAGACAUCAGAGCCCAAGCACGAUACCCCGACGCCAUCGACUGCCUCAGGGACUACAUCGGCUCCGUCGUCGACAAAACGCCACUGCUCCAAUUCAGUGUGCUUCCAGGUGUCUUCCAUGAACGAAAGUGCUGCCAAACGCCUCAGCAAGCGCCAUCCGCUCGCCCUCAUCACGCAUUGCGAGAACCAACUGAUGCGUACAUAUCCUGCCGGAAUGAGAAUAGACUCGUCCAACUUCAACCCAGUAGCAUUCUGGGCCUUUGGACUGCAGAUGGUUGCGCUCAACUAUCAGACUGAAGACACCGGCCUGCACAUAAACACUGCCAUGUUCGAGCAGAACGGCAGUUGCGGCUACGUUCUCAAGCCCAGCGCCAUGUGGGACAAGAACAACAUCAUGCACGGCCAGUACAACCCGUGGGACAAGGAAUUCGAUGGCAUCCAUCCCCUUAACUUUCAUAUCACUGUGAUCUCCGGCCAAUACGUGUGCCAGAACACGUACGCCUGCAGCCCCCAGGUCGACGUCGAAGUGGUGGGCGUGCCGCUCGACUGCAAUCGCCAGAAGACCAAGAUCGUACAGCGCAACUCGCUCAACCCCAUCUGGCAAGACAGCUUUUGCUUCCGGAUCGCUUUCGCAGAAUUGGCUUUUCUACGCUUCUCUGUAAUAGACGUGAUGACGAAUCACAUCCUCACUCAAAGAGUAAUUCCCAUCAAGAGCCUGAAGCAAGGUUACAGGCACGUCCGCUUGCGCAGCCCUCAGAACCAGCCGCUUCCCCUGUCGUCGCUCUUCGUGUACUCCGAGUUCGAGGAAGAAGGGCUCGAAGUGGUCCACCAGAAUGGAGACCUGCUCGAAGGCGCUAUCCUCAAGAAGGCCAAGGGAAAGACCAAGGAGCUAUCCACAUCCGAAAGCAUUCGCUGCGACGGCAGAGAAAACCUGGUCGCCGGAACUCAGGGUCUGAAGCGACGAAUGUUUUUCCUAGUGGUGCAUGGUGUAAUGCCCGAUGAACCAAAAACAAUACUGAAGGUAACGGAGGACACCACAUCGCGAGAAGUUAUUGCUCAAGCGCUCCACAAGGCCAACAAGCUGGGCGACCGUCUCGACGACUAUGUCCUCAUGGAGGAGACGCAGAAAAAUUGGGACCGAGUUACCCAGGAAAAAAGUACCACGCAGAGGAUCCUAGACCCGGACGAAUGCCCGCUGCUGUCGCAGACAACGGGGGCCAACAUGGAGAGCCGUUUUAUACUCAAGAAAUUGGCAGACGAUCCGAGCACACGGGCGUGGAUGACGACCAUCAAAUCUUCGAGCAACAAGGAGCGCCGCAAAGCGGACUCCGGCGAGGGCGGCCUCACUGAGUGGAGCGACGGCGAGGAUACCUACUUGGUCUGCGUCUACAACGUGUCCGCAGACCAGCCGUACGCGAUUCUGAAGGCUCCGAUAAGCAGCACUGCUCAGGAUAUUAUUGCUCAGGCUCUGAUGAAGGCCCGGCGCGCGGAGGACCCAAGCAACUUUGUGCUCGUGGAGCAGAUGGAGUACCCGUCUCCACUGACCGAAACCGCGCCGACGGCCGGCUCUUCGGUCCGACGCCGGGGCCUCAGCCGCGGUCGACGCACCCUCUUCGACGACGAGAACGUCUACGAGGUGCAGGCCCAGUGGAAGGCCCGCGGAUGGUUCGAGCUGAGGGAGCGAAACGAGGGCUUGAGUGAACGGCGAAAGAUGAACGCCCCUAAAAGCUCCAGCUUUUAUCGCCUCAGUCGUCUACGCAGCUCAAUUAAAUCCAAAGAGCGUGACAAGUCGUGCCCGUCGCCGAAGCAGUCGCCGGUGCGUUCGGCGGUGGCCGGCGCCGGAGGAGCGUCCUCUGCUCGCGAGCCGUGCACGAGCCGCGAGGCCCACGAGCCCCGCCAGGUGCACAGCGAGGGCGAGACGCUGUCCGACGACGACGCGCCUCCGGCCGCCAUGGCGGCGCGCCUGCGAAAGAUCUCCUUCCGCAAACUCAAGGUGUGGCGCUGACCGGCCGGCGCGCGUGCAUUUCGAGCUGCGGGCUGGCAGCCGCCGUGCGCCAGCCCCUCCACCACGUGGGUGUUCAACGGCCUUCCUCGGGUGCGCGGCCGGACAAUCCAGCGCGACUGAAGCGCGCUGGCGCUUGGUGCUCCUCCGGCCAUCUGAAACAGCGCGCGCGCGCACACACACACACACACUAGUCAUACGGGGGCCCCACCAACGCCCUGUUGUUGGCUCGACUGCCUCUGAUGCGCGCGUCACUUGUUGCUAGAGGGCCGCGUGCACACAUCCGCGAGCCUAUCUAUAUAAAUAUAUAUUAAUGUAUGUACAUAUACAUAUUCUAUAUUUACACGACGCAUUCUAUCGCGCAAACAGUUGUUGACUGGGCGGCCCCUCUUCUUGGUCCCUCUCUGGCAGAGAGCGUACGAGAAGGCGCGCCGCCCUCGUCAGACCAAAAGAGUAUUUUCUCUGCCAAGAGCCCCGGCUACGCGGUUCUCCUCUUCUUCUUCGUCCGUGUGCGUGUGACCGUAUUUAAUAAGCUGCCCAAGUUGUUCCCAUCCAUAAACAUCAUCAGGUGUGCUGUUGCACCGAAUGUUAUCCGUGUCUUUGUAUCAUACACCGCUGCUGUUUUGUUUUCUCUUUUUGUUUUUUCCUCCAAGAAGUCUAUAUAUUUUACGUGGCGAGCUUCUUGGGGACUUGAGUUGUCCAAGACUCAUCGCCACAGCAGUGACAGCACUCAGUACUUCAACCCAUCCGCCAUGGGUUUUUUUUCCUCCUUCUGUUUGCUUGUUCCGCACCACACACCGCAAGGCUUCGGUGCGCAGUGCUGUCUGGGCUCGGCGAAAUCCAAGUGAGAGGUGUGUACGUUGUAGUCUGUGCUUUUCCGGUGUGUCUCGGUGGGAAUAACGUCGGUGGGGAGGGCUUUCGGGAAGGGAGGGGAAGGGCCCUCCGCGCUGCCUUCUCGUGGCGGCGGAGGGAGCGAAGAUCGGGCUUGGAAUCUCGCAUCUUCAGUUGCGCAACUUGCAGUACCUCGACCUGUCAAAGGCAUCCUGUAGCUCAGUGUUUCAAAGGCCUGACUGAAUAACAAGUCUUUCAGAGCGUGCUAUUCUCGUCACGUGUGUUGCCGUUGAUGUCUCCUUUCUCCGACCUUACAGUAAGCGACUCCUUGGGGCGUUGUAAGGUCUCUCCACCAACGUACUUUUCAACCCUACCUGAGCAGUGUAUGCCACUCGGCUCGCUCGUGUAUAAAGUCAGCCGCUGCCGCAGGCCCCACUUGGCUCCUUGCUGACACUCCGUGGUGCGCGCGUGCCACUGGUCGUGUGACGUCUACAGACAGAAAGAGAGAGAGAGCAAAUGGCGAUCGUUGAUUGGCUCCUUGCCUUAGUACGGCAAGGGCCCUGAGCUAGAAGGGCUGGAACGAGAGCUGUGCACACUGGGAAGUCUUUGUUUACUGACUGCUUUAUUAAAGGCACGCUUAAACGUUCGCCGCUUCAAGGCAUUGGACGGGCGCUGGCUUUAAUAGGCGGGAAAAUAGCGUGUUCCAUAGAGCAAAUAACACCAAUGACAAUUAACUGCGAAACAAUAAUAUCCUAGAGCGAUAAGAGACACGAUUAAGGCGCAAAAAUAAGUUAUACUUACAUGCAAUGUACGCUGUGUAAUACUGAUAGGAAAUAUCAAACCACUGCAUACACCUGUCGGAAUAUUGUUGAAGCUUCACUGGAGGCUGUGCAUUUCUUACGCCGUCUGUCGUGUGUGGCGUCAAUGAUCGGGCAUUGAGGUACGAAUAUGCGACAGUUUGUUUUACUUUCUUUUUGUAAUAAUGGCUAUGGCGCUAUGGUGAAGAACGAAUAAGCUUUUAUGCAUAUUUAAGCAGCACGGCAAAGAAACGCGAGCGUAAUCCUGACAUCUUAUGCAGCUAUAACAUCCUAGACCAGAUGGUAAGCAGUUCAGAUGUCCGAACGAAGUUGAUAGCAUAGAUACGGGACAUAAAUGCGGUUAACGUUCUUGCUACGUUUAGAAAAGUUUUCCAAAGUGUGAGGGGAUUCCGGAUUAGGCGAAGGCGUAAAACGAAACGAAACGCGUAAAAUUUGCACGUGCGUGAACCUGAGUAGAAAUAUUGAAAUAUGCGAACCUCGCGAGAACAGUGUGAAUGAAUGGAACUAUCUCCGCGGCUACUAUGUCACUGCAUAUUAGAGUGAAACAACGUAAGAGGCAUAAACACGCUGCCCACGCCAAUACCCUCAGUCUGUGCUUGAAAGUGACACUGUAGGAGAGUUAGGAGUGCGCACUCUUUCUCCCAGAGGUUCAAAGGUGGUACCAAAUUAAAGCGCAGGUUAAAAAUGGCGAGUUAAAGAGCGAUUGAGUUAUUCUACUUUAGGUAGUACUACCCUUUCACGUGGGAUUUAACUAACCUUCCAUAAAUAAAUAUUAGAAGCCGAGAGCGUGGCUCAAAAAAUAUAUCAUUCUGGGUCUUUAACUUGCUUGUUUUUUGACGCGCCAUAUAAUGUGGGAAAUUUUUAGAUUUCUUAACAGACACCUGUAUAGUGACUCGUGCCUAAUCUCAGCGUGAAAUAUACCUUAUCUGGAAAAUGCAGUAGGCUUGUUAAUGAGGCAGUUAUGUCGUACGCAAAGAACACACUCUGUAGGUGCCAGUUAUGUAGGGGACAUCAUCAAGGCAGCUGACGUAUGAGACGGCUAGUUGACUUUGUGAAAGGCAGGCAUACUAUUUAUCGCGAGUUGACUUUAGGGACCCUGUCAUGGUACGCCGGUGGCCGUCGUUGUUUUCGUUAGGCAGACAAUCAAGCCUGGUUAAAAUCACGGACAAGCAUUCUUGAGUAACAUCGUCAUGACAAGGACAUGGGGAUCGGCUGACACUCAGUGUAAAGAAGUACGUUUCUGAGCAACAAGUAUCUGACCAAAAAACGUUCAUCAAACACAGGUCAUUCGGAGUAAAUGCUAGGAUUUGGCAUUAUUCGCAUACUUGGAAAUAUUAUGCAGCAUAGAUUAGAAAUGUAUAGGAGUAGCAGUUUAUUAUUGUCCUGUGUCCUUGGGCGAAAUGCCAUGAGAGAACUAGAGCUUUGACUGUCUGCUCCUAAAGUCCUUGUUUUCGUAGUUUCUCGCGCCGUAACUUUUUAUACGACACAGCCUGUCUGCUUUUGAGCGGGGAUAUGCCAGGAAACAGAAAAGGAGACGAAAAACCUGAGAGGGAGAGACAAAGUUGAAAGUAAGGUUGAUUGCACAAAGUUGCUCGCUGGCGUUCACCUGCCCAAACUAUGUUUCAGCUCGCCCGACAAGCUAUUCUCAUGAACUUGUCUGCUUAAGCGUCUCAUGACUGAGCCAUCAUAGUAAAUAAUUGUGCUGAGUCGCCCGCGAAGUCAUCUCAUGAACACUCUCUAGGCUUAAGUGAGUUCGCCGUGUGUGUGAUCCACACCAUACGCUACCGGAUAGUAAAGACCACUGUGAUGUCGACCAUUAUCGCAGUAUAAACAAACAUAUCUUAAGCGAUUAGCAAAGCACGGCGCUUUAACUUCCUAUACCAAAAUAGCACUUACGUUAACAUCGUUUAGCAGGUGUAGCAGCUCUUCUUUUUUUAAUCAAUAGCCUAUCUUACAACCCACGAACCGCAAUCUUGCAAUUACUGAGCUUAUACUGAAAGCUGUUUGGCUUCAGCGAGACUCCCAACAUGUUUUCGCGUCUUGAUUCCUGAUACUAAUUACUACGAAAACAUUUGUAUGGAUAUCAGUUGUACAGACAAUUAAAAGCUGACAUGCUUCAUAUGAAUAGGAAGUGUAGCGCUUGAAAAGCCGCUUAGGGCUGCUCAUGUCUGUCUUUGUAUAAUAUAUCCGUUUAGUGCUUUACUAUCAUCUACGUCUGCGCAUUGACUAAGGACAUAUUAAACGUCAGAUAAAAGCGUAUCAAUGAAUAACGAAGCAUUCAAGCCAAGCAAAUGGUGAGACUGACCACCUUCGUUUCUCACAUUGGUCAAAUGUCGCGAAGAAACGUGCAUAUAUCUAAGCAACAAGCCACGACACAAAGAGUUAAAAAGAAGUAGAAAGCCGCGUUAGAUGUAAAAUCAUGGUCCUAAGUGUUUCAUGGCACUUUAUUGUGUAGCUAAGAUUGCCUUCAUGAAGGCAGUGGCAUUGCAGGAGUUCCUUUAUUUCGCAUUAUGAAAGUAUGGCCAAAAUGGUCAUCAAAUCGUACGAGCGUUGUAGUUUUCGUCAACUGCUCGUAAUAUUCUGGGUUGACCUCGACUAAACUUAGCACAUACGUAUAGUGCUGAAUACGACGUACCGUCUCUUUUAUUCUGAAUUUUGUACGUAGGCUCCGUCAUAAGUUGCACGUGUCUGACCUAGAUGCAGAGGGAUAUGAAGAAUUUGGGUAGUUGAGAAAACAUGAAAUCACUUUCGUAAUCAGAAUUGUUUCUUUAGUUAUGCAGACGCAAUACGUCUCUCGACUGAUAUAGUUUUAACCGAGCACUGUUAUGUACAAAUAUAUCGGCAAUGAUUAGCUGUGUCUUAGAAGCCGAUGCAUUCCGCCGCGUUUAAAAAUCGCUUUUAUUUCGUGCUUUUAUUUUCUAAAACUGGCUAGUUUCCUUUCGCGCAGCGGAAGCCUUCCCGCAAGAAAGAUCCAAAAACUGCAUAGUGCAUUAGCUCCUGUCCGAGUAUGUUGCCCUUAGGUUUUCACCUUAGCACUGUACACCAGAAUGCCACGCUCUUUCUUCUACCAACGAUGCUCACAAGAACGAUAGCAUCCAAGUGCGUUGUGUUCAUUUGUGCACUAUUGUUUGCUACAAAGCCAACGUAAUAGCCCUCUGCGUCUGACACACAAACUCCGUUUUUCUUUUUUUUUUUUUUUCCCCUCAUCGCUUCGCGAUUAAAAUGCACGCAAGCGCUACGCAGUAGAGUCGGGACGAGGCGGCCAAAGCAGCUCAAACAGGCUCGUCUUCGAAGCAAUUUAUAAGAUCAGGCCAGGCUAGCGAGAGUUCCUCCACGAAAAAAGCGCCACUCAAGACGACGCCCGCAAGAGUCGACACACGUACGAGUGCCUUCAUCAGCGCGUUCUUAAGGGUCUAUCUUGCCGACCAGGUCAAGUGAGCGGGACGCUAAGGCUCGUUGAUUGGUCACGCAAGAAGCGUUUCCGCUUACGAGCUGCUACCGUGGGUGUGGAACCAAACGCUCCCUUGGAGAUGAGACCGUGUGCACUUCCCUAAGUCGAUUGAGCUUUCUCCAGAGUGAUUGUCAGAGCUGAUCACCACAAGCACUGUAUCAUUGCGGUCCGAUUGGAGCUUCGUUUGGCGUGCACUGCGGCGAGUUUUUAAUGGUGGCGAGAUGAGGCGACAAGCUAGGUCGACGCCACAAGCCAGCAAUCGUGCCGGCUUGUGGCCUUGUUCACUCCAUGCUGGACCUCUCUCUCACGCGGCAGCCAUCUAAUCUGUUUGUUUGUUUUACUGUUCGGACUCGCCGUAUUUCUGGUCCUUGCCCUUAGCAACACUCCACAUAUGCACAGCAGAAACAUACUUCGUUGCCGAUUUUGUUCUUAACCACCGAGCGCGCAAUACGCCUCCAACGUUCGCAUUAUCGUCCAAUCGCAAUGCUGAAAACAUUCCUCUUCGCUUCUUGUGGAUUUCACAUUUAACGCCCCUCAACGUGGUUCUCGCUUUUUAUUGUUAUUAUUAUUAUUGUUAUUUUUGCUUUGAACCAUUCCUUUUGCACCGCAGUGUUAUCCUGCACUUUUAAUAGUGGUAUUUUUCUUCCUGUUUUAUGCAUUGCUUCUCACUGAAUUUGUGGUUCUUCGCAGGGACGAGCAUUCCUUUCUUUGCUAUCGUAUGACGCUUCGCUCGCGGUGGCUUAGAUCGCGCUUGUGCACGUACGUCCUCGCCUCACCAUGACCAUCUUUCAGCGCCGCUUGCUUUCACUGUCCCUCGACCUGUCGUUCUUUUCGACUUGCAACCGCGACACCUAGUCGAUGGUUGCAGGGUGCGCGGCACGACCCUGUCUCAGCUAGAGUUCUGGUGCUACUGCCGGUGAAGUGAGACAACUUUAAAAGUAAGGCUGUUCACGUAAACGCAAUUCUUCACACCCUCUAGAAGAUCCUCCAAAUGAUUAGACGCAAAUGUAACGGAAUGCGAGGCUGAUGGUACUGCUUCAAUCAUGUAGCAGACUAAGCAGUCAGUAUGGAUACGAAUAAUCGCCGCAUAAGCAAGCCAGGCCAAGAAAGCUUUGUGAUUCCUUUCGCGCACCACCUUGACGCAUACGUGAAUUAAACGCAUUAAAUGCUUAAAGACAGUAAACGAAAACUGACUGUGCACAGGUGGAUGAUUAUUAAACAUUGCCAGUACUGCUCGCUUGUUAGGUUUUUGAAACAUUCCAGCUUUUCCCUGCUGACUCGGGCCUCAGUCGAGACCCUUCGGUCUGCACCUACUACAAGCGUGACACACUUUGGUUUUGAUUUGCAGCAUACGUAACGGUGCUCGGAAAGGUAUUUAUGCCCCAGUUUUGUGCUGCAGAUUCGUAUAUUUAACGUAAAAUGUUCAACUCUGCAUAAUAUGGCGCCACUUCUUGCCUCGCUUGCCCGAAUCGUUACCUAUAUAGCCAGCGAAUCCACAAUGAAUGGCCAUUGCGAAGGCUCCAACGUUGCGCACGUAGCAGUACGUACUGCGACGGCGGUUUUCCCGCUAGCAUUCCACGUUCGACGAUGUUAUGACGCGGCGAGAGAUCUGCUUGUGUACUUGGAUGGUCGCAAUCACCCGGUGGCAGCGUUCGGUGCUCUUUCCCAGAACUGAAGGGCACCCCGGCUAAGCGGACGUCAGGUGCGAGUCUGGGUAAGCUACGGGGCACGUGUGGCACGCGGUAGCGGCGGCGUCUUCUGAGCCGGCAGAAAUAUCGCCCCAACCCCGUUUCAACCUGCCCCGUCCCCUUGUUCCAUUCGCCGGCCCUCCUUCUUCAUACGUGGCCGGCGCCAAGCUCUCUGCUGUGGUUAGUGGUGUCAUUGUUUGUAGCCGGUCGGACCCACGGGCCCAUUCGGCGCGGUGCCAGACCCUGAGCUGCAUCGUGCGGAGGUGUGGGUGGCGACCGCCGGUUUGUCCUGGACGGCGGCCCGACGACGUGUUUCUCAGUACUACACUCUCGUGUGUCACUCCCGCUCUGCGAGCUGCACACAUACAGACAGGCACACACACACACACGCACGCUGACACAGACACACACAUACCAGGUGUUUUACGUAACGUGACUCAAGCUUUUCUUUUUAUAAAAAAGAAAAGGGG